GGAGAUCAGAUCUUUCUUCACGGAUAUCAGUGUUGAGUGAAAGACAAGAAGGAACGAUAGUGAGACAGACUGAGCACGAGAAGGAAAGAAAGAAAGGAAGAAAAAAAGAAAGACAGAAAGCAGGAAGAGAAUAAUUAAGGACAGAGUGCAGGAAUGGGAUUGCUCCGUGUUGCAGAUUUGGUGACGAGGGGAAGCAGCGAGGAGAAGGAGGCGGGACAUGUGUGUGUGGAGGUUGGAGAGUACGAGUCCGCCGUCACCCGAGAGAAACAGGACGGGACACACACACACUCACUCCUGAGUGACAACACACAAGAAACGCAACACAACUUUAAACUCAAUGUGGAUGUAUCAGGACAUCUGAAAUUAGAGACAGUUGAUGAUCUGUACAACAUCCUGCAGCUCAGACAGAGGAGGAAAGAGAGAAAGAGACAAAUACAUCAGAAACAACCUGAACCAGAGAUCCUGCCUGAAACAGUUGAUGAAUCAGCAUUUUUAACAGCUGCAGAAGAAAAUAAACUGACGGUGGUGGAGAAGUUUCUCUCUGAUGGGGGCGACCCAAACACCACUGAUCAUUUUAAGCGCUCUGCUCUGCAUAAAGCAUGUUAUCAAGGUCACGUGGACGUCAUGAAGAAACUCCUCGAGGCCGGAGCAUCCAUAGAGCACAAAGACAAGUUGGAUGCCACCGCAGUACACUGGGCAUGUCGAGGAGGCAGUCUUCCUGCACUGGAGCUGCUGCUUAAUGAAGGAGGAAAACUGGACACCAGAGACAAGUUACUCAGCACACCGCUGCACGUGGCGGUCCGGACGGGUCACUACGAGUGCGCUGAGCAUCUGAUCCACUGCGGCGCCGAUAUUAACUCUAGAGACAGAGAUGGAGACACACCAUUACACGACGCAGUGAGGAUCAACAGGUUCAAGAUGAUCAAACUGCUGCUGAUGUACGGCGCUAACAUCAAAAGCAAAAAUAAUGACGGGAAGACGCCGAUGGAGAAUCUGCUCUCGUGGCAGAACGGAGCCAAAACUAUCAUGAGUGACUUUAAAGAGCAGACGCUCCCUGUUUACGAGUGAAGAGAGAAAAGGGAUCGACCUGGUCAUUAAAAACCAAACUGAGAAAGAAAAAACUCCAGGCUUCACCACAUCUCACUCACGUUGAGGAAUCAGAUGCACGGUGAUCAGAUUUGAUUGUAAUUUCAUUGAUCAUGAUGCAUUUUUUGAACAUUUCUAAUCUCUUGUGUAAUUGUGUGAACUGAGAGAAUCAGGAAGCUGAUGGGUUUCAGAAAGUUGUUUAUGUGAUUUUAAGGAUGUUUCUUGACUUGAUGACGUGAUGACAGGGUUCGGCUACACAGUGACCUUUUGUAAUUUUUUUAUUUCCGCUGGCCUCGUCGCUACAGCACAAACAUUUAUAGAAAUAUUUUUGAUUGAAUGAUGGUGAAUACGCAGAGAAUUACAUUUUCAUGCUUUCAAGUCAAGUCAAGUUUAUCUCUAUUGCGCUUUUCACAACACACAUCGUCUCAAAGCAGCUUUACAGAAUUUAAGAGUUAAGGUGAAUGGUGUGUGUUUAUCCCUGAUGAGCAGCCUUGACGACUGUGGUGAAGGAAAAACACCCUUAGAUGUUGUGAGGGAGAAACUUUGAGAGGAACCAGACUCAAAAGCAGAACCUCAUCCUCAUUUGGGUGACAUCAAUAUAAGAUUAUGAGUAAUGUCCUUUCUACAGUCUUACACAGUCUGUACUUUACUUUACUUUACUUUUUAUUUAUUUGCUUGUUUUUGUGUGUGUGUGUGUGUGUGUGUGUGUGUGUGUGUGUGUGUGUGUCGGCGGUUAGCAUUUGUCCUGUCACUCUCAGUAUGAUGAUGAUGAUGAUGAUGAUGAUGAUGAUGAUGAUGAUGAUGAAGGUAAUGAGAGUUUUAAAGAUGUUGUUUUUGAGAUUUUAAAGAUUUCAUAAAGAACCUGUUUUGAUCUUUAUUUCAAUUUCAUGUA